UCCGACGCUAGCCAUAAACUUUGUUGUCAUGGCCGUGAAUAGGAGAAAGGCGUGAAACCUGGUUUGACUCGGGACGACCUCGUUUCGUAAAGAGCCGUGACGUCUCGCUUUCCUGAAAGGGUUUGCUCGCUGCGUGCCUUUUCUCGGCAAAAGUGACGACAGCAGCUUUCUCGAAAGCGGCAGGGGGGCGACGACCGAUCACACUUGUGCCAUGGCGUCGUCUAAAGUUCGGGAGCAGGUGGAGUCUUACUUUCGCGAUCUAAACUACGCUUCGUCGAGGAUCGUUGAGGACAUGUCAAUCAUCAGGAAUGCUCACGGCGAAGACUGGGACCGCAUAUCGGAGAAUAAGAAGACCGAAAUCGCCUGGGACUCGCUAGUCGGCCCUGACAUCAGAGAGAAGUACAACUACUACCCCAAACAGUACGCCGAAGUCGAAGUCUUUCCGGUCAUCGGGCUCAACACUGGCGACCGCAUGGUUUCGGACGAAGACGCCGCGAAUGCCAGAACUACGAAGGCAGGGUGCUGGCGAGAUGAGCAUUCUGCACCUUUCAGUUGGGAAACCCAGAGCCAGUUGAACAUGCGCAUCUUCGACGCAGUCGACGAGGUCGACCGGAAAGAUGACGCGGAUGAUUCAGUCACCAAUGCAGCGAUGAACAAACAGCAAACCUGUGUCAGCCCUGCUUCCGAGCAAGCCGCCGAUGCCCCAAGCCCUGUUAAAUCUAAAGAUCCGGCUAAUACAGCCACUGAGAUAAGUAAGGUUGUUAACGGAGUCGGCGCUGCGAAGACCAGCACUUUCAAGCCCUGCCUGGUUAGCAGCAGCGCAUCCGAGCCCAAUGUCGGCAGAGUGGCAGCCGGCUCGAAAGCGGACACCUCGAGCAACACUCUAGACACCUCCGCCCUCAAGCACGUCAAGUUCAGCAAUGGCGUGGAGUCUCGAGUCCCGCCGGCCGCUCAGAGCCGACCCGAGUCGAGGGUCGUAGUCGGUGGGAGCCUGCCCAGGGUGAUCCAUGCAGAUCCCAAGGUUCAGGCCGGUGGCAGCACGGUCGAAUACAAGGCACAGGAACUGAGACCUCCUCCGCCGUCGAGGUCGCAGGAGUCCGUGUGCUCCAUCGCGUCCCGGGGAUCGUCCAAUCCGCCGACUCCCGUGGAACGGAAGGGGCGUCGGAGGGCACCGACGCCGCCCAAGGCGCCUCCUCCGGACCCGCCCAGGCCGAAGACGGCACCGCCCAAGCCACCGGCUGUACUGGCAACACAUAGCCAGAAGCCUCCCGAAGCUCCGAGGAAGCAUCCAUCAGUGAAGCCACCAGCACCCCCCAUACCCACAGUCAAGUCACCCACGCGAGAGGCAGCGCCCAAGCCAAUCGAAAAAGAGGCCCCUCCAGAGGCCACUCCAGUCCGACCUCCGAGGCUUCCGUCGCCGCCAAAGGACGAUCCAAAAGACAGUGAAGUUGCUCCCAAGGAACCCGUGGCAGUUAGGAGCCCGGAGGGGAUUCCAAAGACUGGAUUUGACUUUCUCGACAACUGGUAACCAGAAUGCCACUUGUGUCGUCUGAGGAAACGAAAUCCGAGUGAAUGGACUCAACACUUGCCUUUGUGUUCCAUGGCUCUGCUGUUAUCCCUUGGUGCUCUGGCUGCGGGGCUUUUUGUAGUGGAGUUCAGGAUGUAUUGGUAUACUCAGCCGAUACCGCACACUGCUCCCUAUACUCCCCUAAGUAAUAUACCGGUUUAUGAAGAUGACUUUGUAAGACGUAAGGGUGGCUGUCUUAGUUGGACUUAAGUUUGAUGUUACUGUAAAAGUUGGGAAAGGGCAGGUGUUUCUCCGAGUUGAUGAUAUUCAAGGAAGAAAAUUCUAGGCUCAACUUUUGUUAAGUGAAUGUAGCUAGGUUUAUAGGAAGUGCUGCAGCAGGGUGGUGUGUUUCGAGAGGCUGGGACAGUGCAUUUUACAAUAACCCAUAUUGCACUCAGACCUCAUUAUAACAGUCACAUCUGCCUCAAAAAUAGCUUCGUUAUAUCCAAAAAUUCGUUAUAAACGUUUAUUUGUAAUACUGUAUAUAUGACAACACUAUUGCUCACUUCAUUAUAACCGAUACUUCAUUAUAUCCGUGUUCGUUAUAUCGAGGUUUGAGUUUAUUUCGGUUAUUGGCUCAGCCAUCAUCACCAUCUCUGAGAUCAGCUGCUUUGUGUAAAGAAAGGUAAGAAUUUUGUAAAAUGAGGUCAGUCAAUAUGUAAUGCACUUCUGGUCUGCUUGUAGCUUCAGAUCUGUGGUGUGGUGGGAGUUUAUCUUAGAAGCUGCGGGCUUUGCUCAAGACACUCCCAAGGCAUGUGCAGGAAAUGAACUGGGAACUAAUGGUUGCUGUUAAAAGGGUGUGAUUUAUGGGGCCUGGCUUUCGAGUCUCACUUUUGAGCAAGCUUCUUUUAUUUAUGCAGAUUGAGCUGAUUAGUGUUGCGAUACAUUACCUGCCAGGCAUGCUUAACAACGAUCAUCUCGUGCUCACUUUUUCACUUCAUGCCCUGGGAGCCCCAUGCAGAUUAAGCACAAUGAUAAUCGAAAGUGGCCUUGCAACAAAGGUACAAUGCAAGUGCUCUGCAAGCCAGGGUUUCCAUCUUCGGGAGCUAAGUGCAAGCUAUUCCCAUGUUGCUCCAGCCAAGAGUGUCCCGACCAACGCUGUUCUACGAGUGUUGGCCGCGACCGUACUGAAAUGCAACCGGCAGCUCCCCUAUAUCUUGCAGAGGUCUAAACUUGCGUUGCAAGUGAGCAUCCUGGCCUUCAUGUGUUACAGGCGUGUGACACCUGCCGAACUUUUUCAUUUCUAGUCUAAGAGCAACCGAUGCUAUGCACGGAGCGUUCUAUGACAACAUUCUGCGUGUGCUAACUCUAAAGAGUUUUAACAUGUCCUUGUAUGUACUGCUAUUUAUGGAACUGUGAUUCCAAAGUCGUGUACAAAGAGCACAACUACUGCAUACGUCCCUGGCAUUUUG